UCAAUUCUGCAAGUGGUUCUGAUUUACUAUCGCUGUUCUCUAGCUGAUCUAAACCCACUUUUGACCUAAAGGGACACAUUUUGGACGCCAUGGACCUUUCUCAGUUUCCAGGCCGAAAGAACAGACAAAAUGCAGGCAGGGCACAGGACAAAGCACUAGGGACAAAAUCAAUGUUUUGCUAUGUAAAAUUUGUUUUGAAAAAAAAUGAAAUUUUUAAAAAUUUUCAAAUUUCCCGCCGCCGCCGGCGGUGCCCGUACGUCCCGACGUCACAGGGACCGGAACACAGAAGCCGGAUGCCGGCAUCGGCCGGAGGAGAUGGCCGGGGACGCUGCAGGGGGGAC